GCUUGCAAUUUGGCGGCAAAAUUCGAUUGGACCUAUGAGGAUCUGCGGCUGGCAAUCAAGAUUGUUGCCUUAAUUACGUUGCGGUCAAUUCAUAAACCUUUUAGCGUAAACAAUUGGCCCCUAUUGUUAUCAGUAACACAUAUUAUCUUUGUCCUUGACCAGCAGUGAUGGAGCAGUAUAUACUUAUUGCACAACGCUAAGAAGAUGAACUUUUCGAACUUCGUCAUGAUGUUGAUUUAUUGCCUAAUUUUGUACCUGAUUCUACCUUGUAGAGCUGAUAAUUUUCAGGCUACUUUAGGACAUCUUGUUCCACGAGCUAAUGCAGAAAUACAAUCAAAUGGAGCAUUUGGGGUUAUACAGCGCCUCAUUCCAGAGAAGGCACACCUUUUCAAUGUUACUGUGGAUCCUAGUAUUGGCCCUGUUGCAAGGGAUACAUUUAAGGUAAUAAAAGAAAGUGACAGUGAAAUUGUUCAUAUAAUUGGAACUAGUGGUGUAGCUGCAGCAUGGGGCUUUCAUCAUUAUCUGAAAUAUUACUGUGGAUGCCAUGUGUCGUGGGAAGCAACACAACUGAACCUGCCACAAGCAUUGCCAGAAGUAAACAUAACUAUUACAUCCCGUGAUAGGUUUCGAUAUUAUCAAAAUGUCUGCACUACAAGCUACAGUUUUGUCUGGUGGGACUGGGCACGAUGGGAGAAAGAAAUUGAUUGGAUGGCCAUGAACAGCAUUAAUUUGGCUCUUGCAUUCAAUGGUCAGGAAGCUAUAUGGCUGCAAGUGUAUAAGAGGCUGAAUAUGACUGCUGACGAAAUUGAUGAACAUUUUACAGGGCCUGCUUUUUUUGCCUGGAAUCGUAUGGGGAACAUGCGCGGCUGGGCAGGUCCUUUGUCGGACACGUGGCACAAUCAGCAAGCAGUUCUUCAGCGCAGGAUUCUGGACCGCAUGCGAGAACUGGGAAUUAUUCCUGUCUUACCAGCAUUUGCAGGACAUGUUCCCAGAGCUUUUGAACGAUUAUUUCCAGAUGUGAAUAUGACUAUGAUGAAGAACUGGAACAACUUCCCUGAAGAAUAUUGCUGUCCAUACCUGUUGGACCCUACUGACAAUUUAUACCAAACAGUUGGAAGAAUGUUUAUCUCAGAGCUAAUUGCCCAAUAUGGAACUGAUCACAUUUACAAUUGUGAUACUUUCAAUGAGAUGGAGCCUAAUUCCGGAGACUUGGACUAUCUUUCUGCUGUCAGUGCUGCUACUUUUGAAGCACUAACCUCUGUUGAUCCAAAAGCUGUCUGGAUGUUGCAAAAUUGGGCUUUUGUACAUGAGCAAUCAUUUUGGACUGUUGAAAGAGUACGUGCUUAUAUUUCUUCAGUUCCAAAAGGUCGUAUGAUUGUACUGGACUUACAGUCUGAACUCAGUCCACAUUAUGAAGAACUGGAUUCAUAUUUUGGUCAGCCAUUUAUUUGGUGCAUGCUGCAUAAUUUUGGUGGCACCUUGGGUCUCUAUGGUGCUAUUGAAAAUGUUAACGAUGGUGUUUUUCAAGGGAGAAGUAUGGCUAACAGUACGAUGGUUGGAACAGGACUUACCCCUGAAGGCAUAAAUCAGAAUUAUGUUAUGUAUGACUUCAUGAAUGAAAUGUCUUGGAGAGAAGAACCAGCUGAUUUGAAAGAAUGGUUUUCUCAGUAUGCAACUAGACGCUAUGGUGCUUACAAUGAAAAUGCUGAUGAAGCUUGGCAGCUGCUAAAGUCCAGUGUGUACAGCUUCAGAGGCUCCCAGCGUGUCAGAGGAAAAUAUAUAAUCUGUCGCCGACCGAGUCUGAAACUUAAAUCAUUGGGAUCGGUGUAUAACUGCACAACAGGUUACGUUAUGCAUGGACAAAGCAUCAUCUCCAUCUCACCAUCAUUUCUCUUGAGUGAGCCUGUAUGGUACAAUAUUUCCGAGGUUGUUCUUGCAUGGGAUAAACUACUCUUAGCAUCAGAGGAAUUUAAUAACUCUUCAUGUUACAAGCAUGAUGUUGUUGAUGUCACUAGACAGUACCUACAAGUGCUGGGAAGUGGAUUAUACAGACGCUUCAUGAAUGCGUAUUUUAUUGAUGAUGUACAAGCAUUUCAGAAAAAUGCUGAAGAUUUCCUCAGUUUGCUGGGUGAUUUGGACACACUGUUGGGUUCCAGUAAGGCAUUUCUUUUGGGAGCAUGGCUAAAGAGUGCCAAGGCUUUAGCCACAACACCGCUGGAGGAGUCUCUGUAUGAAUACAAUGCACGCAACCAGAUAACUCUUUGGGGACCUAAUGGAGAAAUAUCUGAUUAUGCUACCAAGCAGUGGUCAGGGAUUGUCUCUCAUUACUACGCACCGAGAUGGCAAUUUUUUAUAGAAUCUCUCAAUGAUACCCUUUUAAACAAUGUAACAUUUAAUAUCACAACAUUUAGGGAAGAUCUUUUCAGCCAAGUUGAAGAGCCAUUUACAUUAGAUACUUCAGAAUUCCCCGACACACCACAAGGUGACAGCAUUGCCCUAGCAAGACAGAUUCAUGCACGCUGGCGGAAGAGAGCACGAGUUCUAAGAAAGUUGCAGAACAGAAAAAAGUCGAACCAUAAUCUGGGAAAAGAAUCCGAGGAGCCCGAGAAGUAUCUGAAAUGGUUCAGCAAUAUAUGGACAGGCUUCUGGAGAGAAUUAUUCCAGUCAUUGACUUCAAUGCUGCGAUUCCGUGAAACAGAUAAAUAACAGAUCGAAGAAUAACUUGAUAAAAAAACUUUGCUGUACACUGCAGCUGAGAAUUCAGCUACCAGUUGAUAGUAAUUUUAUAAUGACAACAUGUUACUGUGCAUCAAAUAUGAUUCAAUUUUCUUGCAUUUCUAUUAUGAAUAAUGUUAUAUACAGUAUGAAGCAUUAAUUAGUGUGUGCAGCAUUGCAUUACAUUUUUUACUAAAAUAUUGUGUGUUUAGAGAAUCAGAAUUUUUGUGCCAGUGAUGUAGCAGUUAACAUGUUUGUUUUAUUUGACAAUGGGAUCUUUGAUAGUUUUCUAGAGGUAGCACUAAUAAUUGGCAAAGAACAAACUUCAUUCAUUUAUGCAGUUGUGGUUAAUAAAAGAAAA